GCAGGCAACCGUCUUCCUGUCCCCCCGGGCAGGUUCGGUGUCGUUCCUGGGGCUGUACCUCGUGUUCGGCUAUGGCGCCUCGCUGCUCUGCAACCUCAUUGGCUUCGCCUACCCCGCCUACGUCUCCAUCAAAGCCAUCGAGAGCUCCAGCAAGGAGGACGACACCAUGUGGCUGACCUACUGGGUGGUGUACGGCGUCUUCAGCAUAGCCGAGUUCUUCUCCGACAUCUUCCUCUACUGGUUCCCCUUUUACUACGCUGGGAAGUGCCUGUUCCUGCUGUGGUGCAUGGCUCCCGUGUCCUGGAACGGGUCGCAGGUGCUUUACCGCAGCGUCAUCCGGCCCUGCUUCCUCAGGCACCACCAGACCGUGGACAACGUGCUGGGCAACCUCGGCACCAAAGCCCUGGAUGCCGCUUCCGUCGUCGCCCGAGAAG